GUGCACUGCAUGUUGCACCGUCACAAUUUAGUGGCCAAAAAUAUAAGUCCUUCUCUCCACCAGUCUCUGAACAUCGCUGUCAGGGCCAUAAACAAAAUUAAGGGCCAUGCUCUGAAUGACCGGAUCUUCAGGCAGCUGUGCGGGGAGAACGAUGAAGCGUUUCAGCGCUUGCUGCUCCAGGGAGAUGCCUUGACACUGGUCCAUUCAAAAGCCACCAUCUGCAGUUUCCUUGCCAAGCUGGAGCUGUACAGACACAAUUUGAGCAAGCGUCAAUUUAAUAAUUUCCCUCAACUGGCCAAGGUGGUUGAUGAGCUGACCGAUAACCACCUGCUGCGUUACGCCGAUCACUUGAGGGCAGUGAAGGCGGACAUGGAGAUCCGUUUCAGGGACCUUGAGCAACUCGAGGUCCCUGAGUGGGUGACGGAGCCAUUUCAAACGAAUGCGUCCAGGAGUGAGGCCGAAAUUCAAGAAACUCUCAUCGACCUCCAAAAUGAUGAGGAGGCCAAGGCAACCUUUCGGGCAUGUGGCUGGCGUGUCUUGUGGGCCAUGCAUGGUCAGCGUUUCCCUCUUUUGUGGAAGAGGAUUUGUUUUCUGCUCCUUGCUUUUCCGACGUCAUACCUUGUUGAGCAGGGGUUCAGUCAAGCUUUGCACAUGCAAACGAAGUACCGCAGCCGUCUCAAUUUGGUUACGUCAGGUGCACUCCGGCUCAAGCUGACAUCCUUGUGUCCUGAUGUGAAAAAGUUGGCUGCAAGUCACCAAGCUCAGGGAUCACACUAAUGACCGUAAUUAAUUACGGUGGCUGCUUUUUGACACCUUUGUCGUUUUUUCUUCGGUUCACUUCAGGUGGCUGAGCUGU